UCUGUCAUGGCUGCUCACUGAUUCCGCUUGCUCCACAUGGGCAGAAAUAAACAUUUUAUCACUGAUAGAGACGCUCCGAAUCGGCUCGUUAGUACAGCGCUUUAUAGCUGGCUUUUAUCUGGGACCGUCCUGACUGAAGGCAGCAGCUCCAGCUUGACUUUGGCAGGAACCAAAUCCGUUCAGUCAUGCCGCCGCUAGACGUGGAGAUCGCAGCACUCCGAGGGUUUUUAACUGCCAGUGAAACAGCGGAAUGGAAGCAGAACAUUUUCAGUAUUGCAGAGGCAGGCCCUCUGCUGGAGUCCCUUAUGGAAGGGGACUUUGAAGCAGUUCUGCUGAGCACGGAAGUGACAGAUCUGCUCAAAGGACAUGGCGACUACCACGAAGGGGAGAACAUCGAGUCCUACUUGGAGAGACGUUUACUACUGUACCUGACCGAUGGCACCAAUGAUAACCAGACCAACAGGGAGUUGGCAGUCUUGGCCUUGGCUGUCUCAUGUCUCCACAUGUUUGCUCAGAGUAACUGGACUGGUCCUCCGGUCUCCUUCGAUAUCUGUGAUCUGCUGACCCCAGCCCUGUUGUCAUCUCAGGAGCCUCAGAUGCUGGUUGAUGCCAUCCACUCCAGCCUGCUCCUGGAUGGGGAAUCGGUGUAUAGCCAGGUGGCCAACCCCUUUCUCCUACUGUUGGCCAGGGUAAUUGUCACCAAAUGCUUCCCCAAGAUGGAUAACCUUCAGCUGCUGCCCUGGUGGACCCUUCGCUACAUUAACCUACACCAGCAACAUGUUCAUCCUCACUGGAAUGUUCUUCCCUUUCCUUUUACAGUGCUCAAAUGCCAGUCUGUGUUAUCACAACACAGAAACCUGGCUAUUCAAUUCCACCUCGAGUGCGUCUACACUAGUCUCACCUACUAUGAGUACCAGCCUGCCAAGGAACACAUCGAGAAGGCUCGGGAGCUUUCGGGGCUCACCAUCAACAUGACUGGUGCCCUUGGCAAACGUACCCGGUUCCAGCAGAACUUCUUGGCUCAGCUCAUCCUUGAAGUCAAAAGAAAGCAGGACCAGCCUUGUCAGAUCAAUGAUGAGGCAACUCCCACCCCUACACCUCAGGCUAGUCUUCCCAAGGUAUGAGCGUCUGUUUGUCUU